CGUAUCAACCACCGUUGCGCAAAGACCAAAGGCAGCGCCAGUGUGCCGUGGUGCCGCAGAGAAAAACCGGCCUGCUGUGAACGCGUGCACGUGCUUCUCGCAAGGAAAACGUCGAAUGCGCGAGCUAUGUUUGUGUGCGUGUAGUGGUGUAGUUUUCAAACUGUGGGGAAGCAAGUGUCCGUGCUACACGCAAUUGUUAUCCUUUUUUAUUAUGUUUUUUGUACAUCGAAGUAUGCAACGAUUCACGGGGUAGUGAGAAGGGAUGUGAGUGAAGCAAAGGGCGAACAAAAAAUUACAUAUACAUAGAGCGUCGGUACGCACAAUUGCGAUAGUGUAGUGUAAAAGGAGGUUCCAAAUUAUUUAUCCCAACUCUGUUCAAACUCGGAUGUGUGGUGCCGCGGAAAAAUUGUUAUAUUCCACCCCAAAGCUGGCAGAAAGUGUGUUGUAUGUGCUCUUACAUAAAGCUACUGCGCUUAAAUAGCAUCUGCUCGCAGCAAACAAAAACACACGCGUACACGCGUGUUCGGAAGAAAGAACGCAGUCGCAAAAAGAAAACAAUCACUGUGUUACCAUGGCGCGAUUUCCGGUGCUUCGAAUGUUGGUGGUACUUUUCGGAGGUGUAGUGUCGAGUUCCGUGUUGGCGGCCUUAGCAACGAGCGAAAUGAAUCUGCCGGUGGAGCAGGACACCCAUCGGCAUCAUGCCCACCAGAAGGAUGCAGCAUACACGCACCAAAAGUCGUCCGAGGUGCCACUCUACCAUAAGGAGCACGAGCUGACGGAGGCGAGCGCCCGGGAGUUUGUGGCCAGAAUGAGCGAGUCCGACUUUCGUGUCCCGUCCUGGUGUAAGCCGUGCAAUGCUACCACGUUGCGUUACUGUCGCUCGCAACUGUUCCUCAACGAUCACUGCUGCUGUGAAUAUUCGCACGCCAACGAGCAACUGCCAUGGAUCUCUCACACCUGUCAUCGUAGGUUGGAAGCGCUCUGCACGGUAAACGCCGGAACGUGCAGCAAGUACCGUGCGAUCAAAGAGUGUUGCUGCGAUGUAGAAACGAAGCUGGAGUUCAAACACAAAUACUCCACCGGGACCGAUGUACAACCGGCAAGGAUUGUAGCGCUUCUUGUCCUUACCUUCUGGACUGCUUUACAUAUGCUCCUUCGCCUCAGCUAAGCUAAAUCUACUGCCUGGGAAGAUGCGAGAAAAGUGGAAGGAGUUGCGCGUACUUAAAGUGACCUUAUUCAACAAGCUUCUCGGGCCCUCGGCAGUGACCUUAUGCAUCAUGGAUGGUUCUAACAAAAAAAAAAAAAAACGCCUAGAACCCUUUACUAAAAGGGUAGCUCUUUAGCAUUCGUCAUUCGUAACGACAGCAUUCCGCCCCAAAGUGUCAUAUAAUUGGAAAUUGUGUGUAUGUGUGUGUAUGUGUGUGUGUCUGCAUUCGUUUCGCAAAUCGGCUAGUGAUGGUGUCGAACACCAUUUAUAGGCUAUAGGAACAAUGUAGCUGUUUU